UUCUUUUUUACUUGAGCGGAAGUGACGUGUUAACUCGGUUGCUAAGCUGCAGCAGAGAUCAAACAGCCUGUCAACAGGCAGAAGUGUGGACUCGGAACCUCCUGGAGCCGGUUUAACCCGUACAGCGGUGCCGCUGCGUCCCGCAGACCCGAACCGGGAAGGAGGACUCGUCAGAACCGGUCCAGUUUGCUCCGGUUCGACCUGCUAGCUAGCAGUUGCUAACCAGGUGGUUACCAUCAGGAGGAAGAGGCUCCAUGGAGAGGUCCUCAUGAUUUAACUCCAGAACCAGCCCAGUUUGUCCCAAUAUGGCUGCUGCCAGCAGCACCAAGAUCUCAUGGCGCCUGCAGGAGUUCGAGGCCCACUCCAGAACCGUGUCCUGCCUGUCUCUGGGGAAGAACUCGGGCCGUCUGCUGGCCACGGGGGGUGAGGACUGCCGGGUGAACAUCUGGGCCGUCAGCAAGGCCAACUGCGUCAUGAGCUUGACGGGUCAUAAGAACCCGGUGGAGUGCGUCCAGUUCAGCGCGUCAGAGGAGCAGGUUGCAGCUGGUUCCCAGUCUGGAUCCAUUCGAGUCUGGGACCUGGAGGCCGCCAAGAUCCUGCGGACUCUGAUGGGACACAAAGCGAAUGUCACCAGUCUGGGCUUCCACCCGUUUGGAAACUUCCUGGCCUCCAGCUCUGUGGACACCAACAUCAAGCUCUGGGACGUCCGGAGGAAAGGAUACGUGUUUCGCUACAAGGGUCACACAGAGGCUGUGAGGAGUUUGGCCUUCAGUCCAGACGGGAAGUGGUUAGCCUCGGCUAGCGACGACUGCACCGUGAAGCUGUGGGACCUGUUCCAGGGGAAAACCAUCACCGAGUUCAAGUCGCACUCGGCGGCCGUCAGCGCAGUCCAGUUCCAUCCUAACGAGUACCUGCUUGCGUCCGGCAGCGCCGACAGGAGCAUCAAGCUGUGGGACCUGGAGAAGUUCACCAUGGUCGGCUCUCUGGAGGGAGACACGUCUGCCGUGAGGUGCCUGCUGUUCAGCCCGGAUGGCUCCUGCCUCUACAGCGGCACCUCGGACUCCCUCCGGGUUUUCGGCUGGGAACCGGACCGAUGUUUCGACACAGUUCCAGUCGGCUGGGGAAAAGUAUCGGACCUGGCCGUCUGCAACCAGCAGCUGAUCGGCGUGUCCCACCAGCUGUCCAGCGUCUCGUCCUUCGUGGUGGACCUGAAGCGGGUGAAGCGGAGCGGUGGCGCCGUGAUCCAGGGUAUCGUCCGGGACGACCGGCCGCUUACCAAUCCAGCGGAACCCAGGGCGGCGGCGCUGCGGCGCAACUACGACAGACCCGCCACUGCCUGCAGCUCCCACAGAAUGAAGCGCUCGGACACCGAUAGGCGGAGCCCCGAUGGAGAGAGGCGGAGCCAGAGCGAGGACGAGGCGGAGGACAAGCAGCCGUCGGCAGAGAUCCACAACGCCGACGACUACAGAGAGAUCUUCCAGCCCAAACACGCCAUCUCUCGAACUCCUCCCAGGAUGUCAGAGCCGUUUCCAGCUCCUCCUGAAGACGAGAGCGUGGCGGCCGUUGGCCGGCAGCUGAAGGACAUGAUGCUGCCGUCUCCUGACAAGCAGCAGGCUCCGCCCCUCGCCACCUCCACCCCUGUCCAGAGGGUCGAACCCACAGUUGUCGCCGUCACCAAGCCGUGUAGCCCCGCCCCCGGCAGCCAGUCUGCCCCGCCCACCAGGCCGCCACCGUUGCCGCGGGUGAUCCCGAGCAGCCGCAACGAGCCGCUGGGACUCAAUGUGGCCGACUUCCUGCCGUCCCCAGCCAGCCACCGGGGCGGCGCUCUCACAGACGAUGGCGCUCUGGCACAGAUCAACAAAGGUCAUGACACCAUGUGUGUGAUGCUGAGCAGCCGCCAGCGCAACCUGCAGACGGUCCGGUCCGUCUGGACCCGCGACGACGUCAAGAGCGCUCUGGACGCUGCCGUGUCCAUGAACGAUCUGUCCAUUGUAGUGGACGUCCUGAACAUCGUCAACCUGCAGCCCUCCUUGUGGAAACUGGACCUCUGCACCACGGUUCUCCCUCAGAUCGACAAGCUGCUGCAGAGCAAAUACGAGAGCUACAUGCAGACCGGCUCCACGUCGCUGAAGCUCAUCAUGAAACAUUUCUGGACUCUGAUCUGCGAUACGCUCAGGGCGUCGCCGGCGGUGGGGGUGGACAUCACCAGGGAGGAGCGGCACCAGAAGUGCCGGGAGUGCUGCCGCUACCUGAAGAACCUGAGCAACGUGGUGAAGAACCGGGCCGGCCAGGCCGGUCGCCAUGGCAGCGCCUUCAAGGAGCUGCAGCUGCUGAUGGCGCCGCUGGACGAGGCGCUGUGACCCACUCUGGACCCGACCAGAACCGCUUCGGAUGGAACAAUGUUUUCCUGUUUCAAUGUUGGAUAAAGCUCCAGAACCGGGCCGGAGCUCCAGAACCGGGUCUGUUCAGUUUGUUUUAUUUCUGCGGUUCAAACUUUUUCAAAUUAAAUCAUUUCCAGAACUUCAAAAGAACCUUUGAAUUGAACCGGAUCAGAACCGUUCAUGAAGCAGCAGCAUGGUUCUGCUUAUCGACCCGUUUGGCCCGGUCCGAAUCAGUGGGGCCCGACAGCAGAUCAGAACCUCUGCACCCGAGAGUUCAGUAACCCGACAUAUUGCAGCAUGCUGCCAGCUGAUUGGCUCAUUAUGCACGAAGCUGCUCCAUGAUUGGACGGCAGGAACCGGUCGGAUCGGCUGAUUGGCCGAUAGAGCUGUGAAAGGAAAACACUGGAAGUUCUGCAACUGAAGAUUAAUCUGGAUUAUUACUUCAUAAACUGUAAUCCCAGAGUGAGAAUCUGAUUCUUUCGGGUCGUUUAUAGAAAUUCAAAGUUUGUUUUUUUAAAUAUUCUGACGAA